AAAAUUAAAAACUUUUCCUCCAUUAUAAUGAUCAUAAGAUACCCCAUUUCUUCUCUCUCCCAUUUCAAUCUGCGCCUUUAUAUCCACUUGGAAAACCAAUAUCUUUUCCAACUCAAAUAAUUACAUUCGUCUUUCCCCUCUACCCUCAAAACUCAAAUGGCCAAGCCAAACCCAUCAAACCCACCACCACCAAUUCACACGGCCGAACCAGUUGUUAACCAAAAAAACCCAUCAUCAGAAUCCCCACCCUCAGUCCCACCCACUCUCACUCCAAGUAUCCACUCCGGUACCAUUGAACCAUACAUGAUUAACCCAUCAACUCCGCCACCCCAAAAUUACUCCUCCUCCUCCUCCUCAAACCCCCAAAAUCUGAACCGAACCAUGUCUGAUCAUUCAAUAUCCUAACUGGAAAACCAGGGCUUGAACCACCCUUUUCAGCAGUUUAACCAAUCCCACUAUAUCAACAUGAAUAACGAACCUUAUGCCCCUCCUCCUUUUCAACCGGCUGUUUGAACCCCCACGUCUGUAGCACUACCACAUCAAUACCAUGGCUUUCUGAGCACUUUCUUCGACUACGUGGUGUCCCAUAAUGCAAGGCAAUCAAUGCCAGCGCCACCACUUCACCAGUUAACUCCAUCUGGCUCCUUCAACUUCAAGGUCGAACCAAUUCUGCUCCACGUCAACUCAUCAGUUCCCCUCCUCAACCAUGACCAGCUCAAUUCAUCCUCAUCCAAAACCAUUUCAUCAUCUUCUUCCGAAGUUCCCGAGCCAAAUCCACAGCCUCCACCUCCAGCGCUACAGCCGCAGCCUCCGCCACCUAAACAGGAAACCAACCUACCACCGCCGAACGCCGUCACUCCACCACCACCACCACCACCACAGCCUGCUGCAGAAUCCCUUAUAAACCCUACUGGAGGAGUAGUGGGUCAACAAUCAGCACACCAGAAGCACGAAAAAGCUCUGAGAAGAGCAGGAAGCCUAGCGAACCUUUUACCGACAGGCACCGUCCUCGCAGUCGAAGCCCUUACGCCAACGCUUUCCAACAGCGGAAAAUGCCAACUCACGAACAAGAUCCUCAUGGGUGGGGUGGUGAUCGUCUGCACCAUCAUCUGCUUCUGCUCUUCCUUCAUGGACAGCUUCGAAUGCAAAGAGAAAGUGUACUACGGCAUAGCCACCCGUAAAGGUCUGAUGGUGUCCAACUACGAAGACCGUGAAAAAGAAGAAUCCAUUGUUGAUAAAGCCGCUAAGGAGUUCAGAUACAAAGUAAAACCUGUAGACUUUGUCCAUGCUUUCUUGUCCGUGGCCGUGUUCUUGAUAUUUGCUUUUAGCAGUUCACAGCUUCAAGGUUGCUUUUUCCAAGAGAAUCUAAGGAGACUGAGUAUUCCAUGGUGGUUUAUUUGCCUUUGGUCACUGGAAUUCUUUCCAGCUUCUUGUUCACGAUUUUCCCCACUGAACGUAAAGGGAUUGGCUACAUUAUAUAUACUCGUAAUUCUAAGAACAAGAACGGAUGGUAUAUUAUCAAUGGUGGAUAGGGAUAGAGGCUGAAAAAGAAGGAAUAGAAGAUUGCAAAGUUUUGAAAAAAAAAAAAAAACGAUAAGAUGAAAGAUAGAAAAUCGGAAUCCAUAUUAAUUAAUGUGUGGCUUGCUAUGUAUAUUGAAGCAAUUCUAUAUUUAUUUAUGUAUGUUUACUUAGUCUAUUAUCUA